AUGUCAUACGACGAGCGCUCCAAUGCGCGCCCUCCGCUGGGUGACGAGUCUGAUGUCGAGGAGGAGGCCUUGGUCAACGACUACCGCGAGCAGGUUCACUUCGACGAUGGAAUGAGCGAUCUGGACCGUACCACUUCGCUCGGCGGUGCAUCUCACACCCAGGAUCUUCAAGCACAACUUGCCGCGGCCGCGACCCCGCUCGAGUACCAGGCCACUUUGGAGACAAAAUUUGCCAGCUAUGACAACUACUGCAGCCUGUUCCACUACAUCCUCAACUCGGAAGGCCCGGUUGACUUGGAGGUUCCUUCGUAUUUUUGGGCUUGGGAUGUCAUCGAUGAAUUCAUCUACCAAUUCGAGUCAUUCUGCCGCUACCGCAACCGUGUAGCUCGCAGCGGAUCCAACGAGGAGGAGGCUCAACUGCUCCGGGAGAACCCCAACACAUGGGGCUGCUACUCGGUCUUGAACGUCUUAUACUCGUUGAUCCAACGAUCUCAAAUCAACGAGCAGCUUGCUGCCAUUAAGCGGGGAGAAGAUUCAUUGGCUGUGGCUGGGGAAUAUGGCUCGCGUCCCCUCUACAAGAUGCUUGGAUAUUUCUCGAUCAUCGGAUUGUUGCGCGUGCACUGCCUGCUAGGCGACUUCAGUCUUGCCCUCAAGACGCUAGAUGACAUUGAGCUGAACAAGAAGGCCAUGUUUGCUCGCGUCAUGGCAGCCCAUUUCACCACGUACUACUACGUUGGUUUCUCCUACAUGAUGAUGCGCCGCUACGCCGACGCAAUCCGCAUGUUCAGUCACAUCCUUGUCUAUGUGUCGCGAACAAAGAACUUCCAAAAGGGCAGCAACCAGUAUGAUGCCAUCACCAAGAAGAACGACCAGAUGUAUGCCCUCAUUGCUAUCUGUGUCGCAUUCCACCCUACCCGCCUCGAUGACACCAUCCACACUGCCCUCCGUGAGAAGUACGGUGAGCAACUACACCGCCUUCAACGCGGUGGAGCAGAGGCACUGCCUUUGUUCGAGGAGCUUUUCCGCUCUGCCUGCCCCAAGUUCAUCAGCCCUACUCCUCCGGACUUUGACAACCCGUCUGUCAACAUUGACCCCGUCGACCACCACACUGCCAUCUUCAUGGACGAGGUCAAGAACACUCUCUUCAACCCUACUGUCAAGUCCUACCUGAAGCUUUACACAACGAUGGACUUGAGCAAACUUGCUGGCUUCUUGGACGUCGAGCCCGAGAAAUUGCGCGCAUGGCUCCUGGUUAACAAGCAGCGCAGCCGUCAAAUUCGCUGGGCUGAAGGUGGCUUGCUGGAAGGUGAGCCCACCAGUGCUAGUGACCUCGACUAUGCCAUUGAGGGUGACCUUAUUCACAUCAGCGAAGCGAAGGCGAGCCGAAGAAUUGUUGAUUGGUACCUGCGCAAUCUUACUCGUACCUACUAG